AUGAGGCUUGGCCACAGCUUGCAUCGAGGCAUUGUCGACAAUAAGAUCAUUGACCUCGAUUCCCGAGUACAAUUGACCCACAUCUUUCACGGUUUGACGGAACAAACCAUCUCCCAAUUUCAUGAUAUUGGCCUUGUGGAUGGCGGUGACCAACUUACGGUUGUUCUUCUUGGCAAAGUCAAAUGCAAACUUGGCGAUUCUCUCGGAUUUGAACCGGGUCAUGAUCUUCAUCGACUCAACCACACCAGGGUAAGAUUGGUGUUCCAAUCCAGAAUAUUCACCUUCAGUGUUUUCUCUGACGAGGGCAAAGUCAAUGCCUUGCAAACGCGACUUGACGCCGGGAAUGUUUUUGAUCAAGACCAACGAAGCAAAAAUAUCCAAUUCUUUUCUCAACGCAACAUUCAACGAUUUGCCGGACGAUCCAGUUGGAGUAAACAAGAUACCUUUCAAUCCCACCUUGUUUCUCUUCAACGAUUCCACAGCCUCGGCAACCCCGGUACCCUUGUCCAAACCAGAAACAUCAACAGUUUCCCAUUCGAUGGGGACGUUUUCCGACUUGAAAAUGGUCUUGACGGAAUCGGUGAUUUCCUUACCAAUACCAUCUCCUGGAAUGAGGGUGACGGUGUACUUGCCCCCGUACUUCUUGGGCAACACCGCUUCCGGCGAUGCAAACGUAGCCAAGCUACGAACUGA